UACUGAUCUCAUCUUUUCCUUACUUCUCCUCUAGAAUCUAGAUAUACUCCUAUAUAAUUCCUAAAAAAACUCAUUUGAUCAUACAUCACAUAACAACAUAAGAUCUCAAAAAACACAAAAAUUACAAGAAAUUUUAUAGGAGAGAGAAAAUGCUAGCAGUGUUUAACAAAACAGUAGCUAAGUGCCCAGAAGAGCUGAAAAAUGCUGAAUCUUUAGGAAAUUUAAAAGAAGAUGUUUUGAUUCAACAUUUUUCUUCAAUUUAUCCUGAUGCUCUUUCUGUUAAUCUUGGAGUUUCUGGGUUUAUUGCUUUUUCAUCUGAUAAACAGAAUCCUCUUCUUCCUAGGCUUUUCGCUGUUGUGGAUGACAUCUUCUGCUUGUUUCAUGGGCACAUCGAGAACAUAGCUUCUCUGAAACAGUUGUAUGGAUUGACCAAAACUGCAAAUGAAGUGAACAUCAUUAUAGAAGCUUACCGUUCUUUGAGGGACAGAGGAAGCAGUCCUGCUGAUCAUGCCUUGAGAAACAUUGAAGGAAAGUUCGCAUUCAUCAUUUAUGACAGUUCUACAAAGAGCACCUUCAUCUCUGUGGAUGACGAUGGAAGUGUCCCUCUCUUUUGGGGAACGGAUUCUGAAGAUCACCUUGUUGUCUCUGGCAAUGUUGAGAUUAUGCAGAAUGCCUGUGGGAGAUCAUUUGCUCCAUUUCCGAAAGGUUGCUACUUUACAUCCUCUAGUGGCCUGAUAAGUUACGAGCAUCCUCGUAAGGCGCUCAAGGCAGUUCCAUGGGUUGAUAGCUCAGGCCAAACAUUUGGGUCAACCUUCAUGGUCUCUGAAGAGCCUAAGAUAGAGAACAAACAACUGGGACUAAAAGUAGCAAUGCCUAGAGUUGGCAGUGAUGCUGAUUGGUCGAAUCACAUAUGAGAACAACAAAUCUUUUAUCAUGUAAUGCAUGCAACAUGCUCUAGCUUUGUCCUUCAAAUGAUCUAACUUCGAGAAUUAUUAGUUCCCCUUGGUGGGUUUGGCUUCGUGAAUGUUAUAAAUUGCCUUAUUGGCAUGUGAGUAUUAUCUCAAGAAUGGUACAUAAAAUAAGUUGCAAGUAUUUGUACAUUCA